GUGGUGGCAGGCAGGUCCCGCCCAGGCUGGGGUGGGAGGAGGACGUGGGCCGGGCCUUCCUCCGCGCGUCCUAGUCUCCCUCCCUCCUCCCCUUAUUGCGCACUUCAAUAACCGAACGGCGGCUCCACCAAGGACCGGCGCAGACCCAGGACAAACGGACAGGAAGACCCAUCUGGAACAGAUGCCCAACACCCCUGAGGAGGAGAGGAGAACGCCAAGAGAAGCCGAGAGAAUUGCGGGAGCCAGAACGCCCAGCUUCCCCCCCCCCUCCGCGGCCCACACCCGCAGCCAUACAGACAGCGAGCCCCCAGCCCAGUGCGACGGCGCCGCGGGAAGCUUUGGGCCCCGCCCAAGACGGCCUCGCUCUCAUUGGCUGAGCUUCCCGUCGGCCCCGCCCAGCGACAGGAGGCAGGCUCUGACGCAUGCGCACGAGCUCGCCGCUGCCGCUGCUUCAGCACUAGAGCUCGGACAGCGGCGCCGCCCACGGGGAUGGACGGUGGUAGUAGCCGCAGCUGCUGUAGCAAUCCGUCUUCUAGCCCACGUCCGAAAGGGGAGCUGCGGCCCAAGGGUAAUCUUUUAGGCCUAAACAGCAGCUCCCCAGACAGGUAGGGAGGACCUCACCGCAGAGCCGGUUCGAAGAUCUUCUCAGCACCCCUGCUCCAGGCCCCAGACCAAGGCCAUGGCCCCUGAGGCGAGCCCAGAAAGAAGCUGCUCCCUCCACAGCUGCCCCCUGGAGGACCCUUCUGGCUCUUCAGGACCUGCACCAACUUCCACGCUCCAGGCUCUAGAUCCAUCCGGGCCUUUAGCCCCAGGCCAUUUUGCCUAUCCUCGAGGAGCACCGCAAGAAUACCAAGAAGGCAGCUCGUUACUAGGGACUGGAGCCCAGGCAGCUUUGUGCUCCCACAGCUCCAAUCGAAGUCCUUCUCCGGCCUCCUCCCAGCAUGACGGGGUCUGGAAGCCACCUUCUAUGCAGCGUCAUGUGGUCAGCGUCAGGCAGGAACGGGCCUUCCGGAUGCCAAAGAGCUUCUCCCAGCUGAUUGCUGAGUGGCCGGUGGCCGUGCUGCUUGUGUGUCUGGCUGUCUUCCUCCUCUGCACCCUGGCUGGACUGCUGGGGAGCCAGCUGCCUGACUUCUCCAACCCUUUACUGGGCUUUGAGCCUCGGGACACAGACAUCGGGCGGAAGCUAGAGGUCUGGAAAGCACUGCAGGCCCUCACAGGCCCCAAGAAGCUGCUUUCCCUUUCCCCAGACCUCGAGCCAAACAGCUCGAACUCCUUUGGCACUCUGAGCCCCGCAGCCUGGGGCAGGGCCCAGGACAGCCUGGUCCGGGCACGCAGGAUGGUGGAGCCCGUGGAAGACAAAAGGCAGGAUAGCUUCCUCUGUGGCGCCCCUGAGAAAAGCUACGCAAAGCUGGUGUUCGUGUCCACCUCGGGGGGCAGCCUAUGGAACCUGAAUGCCAUCCAUUCCAUGUGCCGGAUAGAACAGGAGCAGAUCCGCACCCAUGCCCACUUUGGAACUCUGUGCCAGCGUACAGCAACCAACGAGUGCUGCCCCAGCUGGUCCCUGGGCAACUACCUGGCUGUGCUCUCCAACCGCUCCUCCUGCCUGGAUACCACCCCCGGGGAUGCAGCCCGCGUGCUGGCCCUGCUGCGGGCCUGUGCCCCCUACUACCAUCGCGGUGUCCUGGUGCCCUCUUGUCUGGGAUCCGGGCAGGACAAGUCUCCACACUGCGCCCAGGUUCCCACCAAGUGCUCCCGGAGCAGUGCCAUCUACCAACUCCUGCAUUUUAUGCUAGACAGGGACUUUCUGAGUCCCCAGACUGCCGACUACCAGGUGCCCUCCCUCAAGUUCAGCCUGCUCUUCCUGCCCACCCUGAAGGGGGCCUCUAUGAUGGACAUCUACCUGGAUGGCCUGGCUGAACCCCAGCUGGUCUCUGACAACUACACGUCCAUCAGCGGCAUGGACCUGGGCAUCAAGCAGGAGCUGCUGAAGCACUACCUGGCCCUGGACACGAUGUACCCACUGCUGGCGCUGGCUGCCAUCUUCUUCAGCAUCACUCUGUAUCUGCGCUCGCUCUUCAUCACCGUUAUGGUGCUGGUGGGCGUGCUGGGCUCUCUCCUGGUGGCCUUCUUUCUCUACCACGUGGCCUUCCGCAUGGCCUACUUCCCCUUCGUCAACCUGGCAGCCGUGGUCCUGCUCAGCAGCGUCUGCGUCAACCACACCCUCAUCUUUUUUGACCUGUGGCGCCUCAGCAAGAGCCAGGUGCCCUCCGGGGGGCUGGCACAGCGCGUGGCCCGCACCAUGCACCACUUCGGCUACCUGGUGCUGGUAUCCGGCCUCACCACUGGCGCCGCCUUCUAUGGCAGCUACCUGAGCCGCCUGCCCACGGUCCGCUGCUUCGCGCUCUUCAUGGGCACGGCCGUGCUGGUGCAUAUGGCGAUCACGCUGGCCUGGCUGCCUGCCUCUGCCGUGCUGCAGGAGCGCUACCUGGCGCGGGGCUGCGUCCCCCUGGCUCAGGGCCCCCGCGGUGGCAGCGACCCCUGGCGGCUGCUGCUGGCGGUGCACCGGAGGCUGCGCGGCUUCCGCAGGGCUGCCGCCAUCCUCUCGCGCUUGCUCUUCCAGCGCCUGCUGCCUUGUGGCGUCAUCAAGUUCCGCUACAUCUGGAUCUGCUGGUUCGCCGCGCUGGCGGCAGGGGGCGCCUACAUCGGCGGCGUCAGCCCGCGCCUGCAGCUGCCCAUCCUGCUCCCUGCCGGCGGCCAGGUCUUCCGGCCCAGCCACCCGUUCGAGCGCUUCGAUGCCGAGUACCGCCAGCAGUUCCUGUUCGAGCAGCUGCCUGCGGACGAGGGCGGCCAGUUGCCAGUGGUCCUGGUGUGGGGGGUGCUGCCAGUGGACACAAGUGACCCGCUGGACCCGCGCAGCAACAGCUCCCUGGUGAGCGACCCCGAUUUCAUGCCCAGCAGCCCCGAAGCCCAGCAGUGGCUGCUGUCCCUGUGCCACGGAGCCCGCAAUCAGAGCUUCUUUGGUUCGCAGCCGCAGGGCUGGCCCACGCUGUGCUUCGUGGAGGCCUUGCAGCAGUGGAUGGAGAGGCCAGCUUGCGCCCGCAUAGGGCCUGACCUGUGCUGCGGCCAGCCCGACUUCCCCUGGGCGCCAGAGCUUUUCCUACACUGCCUCAAGAUGAUGGCCCUGGAGCAAGGCCUUGAUGGCACCCGUGACCUGGGACUCCGCUUUAAUGCCCACGGCAACCUGGCCGCGCUGGUCCUGCAGUUCCAGACCAACUUCCCCUACAGCCCUGACUAUGGCCAGGUCCACCACUUCUACACCGAGGUCAGUCGCUGGCUGGCAUCUGAGCUGGGCAGGGCACCUCCAGGCCUUCGCCGCGGGUGGUUCACCAGCCAUCUGGAGCUGUACAGCCUGCAGCACAGCCUGAGCACUGAGCCUGCUGUGGUGCUGGGCCUGGCUCUGGCUCUGGCCUUUGCCACACUGCUUCUGGGCACCUGGAACGUCCCCCUCAGCCUGUUCUCCGUGGCAGCUGUGGCCGGCACCGUGCUGCUCACCGCGGGACUCCUUGUUCUGCUUGAGUGGCAGCUCAACACUGCCGAGGCCCUCUUUCUCUCUGCCUCAGUGGGCCUCUCUGUGGACUUCACCAUCAAUUACUGCAUCUCCUACCACCUGUGCCCACACCCAGAUCGCCUGAGCCGUGUGGCCUUCUCACUGCGCCAGACCAGCCGUGCCACAGCAGUGGGGACGGCAGCCCUGUUUGCAUCUGGUGUACUCAUGCUUCCAGCAACGGUGCUGCUCUAUCGAAAGCUGGGCAUCAUACUCAUGAUGGUCAAGUUCGUCAGCUGUGGCUUUGCCAGCUUCUUCUUCCAGUCUCUGUGCUGUUUCUUUGGGCCAGAGAAGAACUGUGGACAGAUCCUCUGGCCCUGUGCCCACCUGCCAUGGGACGCUGGAACUGAGGACCCUGAGGAGGAGAAGGCACGGUCGGGGCCAGUGGCUCCUGGGUCCUGCUCAGAGCAUUACGAGCUUCAGCCUCUGGCACGGCACCGGAGCCCCAGCUUUGACACCAGCACAGCCACCAGCAAGCUGUCCCACCGGCCCUCAGUCCUCUCGGAGGAUCUGCAGCUGCAUGAUGGUAACUGCUGUGCUCGGCCCCCAGUUGCCCCUUCGUCCCCAAAGGAUCUGCUCCUGGAUCACCAGGCAGUCUUCAGCCAGUGCCCAGCCCUGCAGACCUCCUCCCCCUAUAAGCAGGCUGGGCCCAGCCCCAAAACCUGGGUCAGGCAGAACUCCCAAGGACAGGAGGACGAGCCCCUGCAGGCCUCGCCAGAAGCUCCAGCCCACUCCCCCAAGCCCAAGGCUGAAGAGCUUCCUGAUGGCCUCUGCCCCUCAGCCAGCACCCUGGAGGGACUCAGCAUCUCCGAUGACACCUCCCUAAGCACCUCUGAGCCCAGCACACGUGUACCAGAUUCCAUGGGCACCUCCCCAGAAAACCUGGAUGACAUCAGGAAGCCAGCACCUGAGCUGGGCCAGCUGAAUGGGAAGCGUGACACCCUAUGGCUGGCACUGAAGGAAACCGUGUAUGACCCAACACUGCCCAACUCCCACCAGAGCACCUCCUCCUGGAAGGGCCGCGGGGGCCCAGGAGAUGGUAGCCCCGUGGUACUGCCCAACAGCCAGCCAGAUCUGCCUGAUGUUUGGCUCCGCAGGCCCAGCACCCACACCUCAGGCUACAGUAGCUGAGGGAGUCCAGACCUGGGUGCAGAACCCUGUCAGUGAUGAUGAGGCAGGGGCAACACCGGCUGAGCCUGAAGGCAUUUCCCCAAAUCAACAUGGAGAAGUCCCACCUUCCAACUGUGAAUUAAAAACCCUGCCAAAAGUUCCAGCCUUGAUCUGUCUGCUACUUACCCUCUACAUCUGGAGGAUUCAGUGGGGAGAGCCUUUGGAAGAAGUACCAGGGCUCACUCCCCGCACGGUGCCUACAAGGACUCCUCCUCUGGAAAGGGGGAAGGCCAGAUGUGCAGCUCCAGGCAUCAGGGAGGCUGACCUGACACCCACACACCUGGCGAGUUCAGUGAGUGUAAGGUACCCUGUGGAGGGACCCUGCUGGGGUACCUCACUGACCGGAAGAGCCCUUGGGACCUCCACAGCUUCCUAGGUCACCCCUCUCAAUGAGUUCAUCAGGAUGGUUUCUCACUCUUCAGGGAGGAUCUCUGGGCCAGAAGUGGGCUGGAGCCUCUGUCCUGAAUGGCCCUGUUCCGCUCACACUCACUGAUCUGACCAGUGAGUCAGAUCAGUGGCUCACUGAUCACUGUGUUCAAGCCUGGCAGAGAUGGCUGCUGGGAGUGAAGCAGGAGAAGGUGAAUGGUCAACCUCAAAGCAUCCCCAAAGUGCAAGAUCCCUCUUUGGAAGCAGGCUCCAGUGCUCUCCCCUGUUAAACAGUACUCAUCCUUUCCAUCCAUGCACCUGUUGGUCUCCUCAGACUCUCACUACUUCACUACAGGGUGGCCUGCGGUUGGUCAGUUUCUUUUACCCCCAAUUUGCAGGUAAAGACAUUGAGACUAAGACUGGUUGAUAUAUCCAAAGUCAUGUUGCCUGUCAAAGGCAGAGCAGUUUCCUGGUUCAUUCUGCCACCAACAUUCCAAGUUCUCCUGGCUACCUGCUUCAGGAACACUGGGACCUGGCUGCCUUGAUCCUUUGCUUCUCGCACCCUCCUCCAACCUGCCUACUUGGUUGUCUCUUUGUAAAUCCUGCCUCCCCUUUGAACCUCUGUCUCCAGAGAAAGCUGUACUCUGAGCCAAUCCCAGAGUUCCUUUCUGUCUCCCCUGUGCUUUCCUCUGGAACCCUCAGAGAUGCCUACCCACCAUGGGGCAGCGGGGCUGGUCUGACUCUCCAGUACCAGGGUCUGUGCCUCUUCCGUGGCAAUGAAGUGUGGAGAGGUCCUGAGGGUGGACAGGCUGAGCAGACUCCAGUGAAGGCAGCAGCCCAGACCUGCCCUUUUGGGGAGUGAGCCUGAAGCUGCUCCCCAAAUCAGGUCCCAGUUUUUUAAGGAUGGGUCUCUCUGGGAGACACUCAGUGGACCGAAACCUGGCUCUCCUUCCCCAACAGUCUGUCUUGAGGUUUUACCCAUGCAGGAGCUCAUGACACUGGGUAGCAUUGAAUAGUAGCAUAUGGUCUUACAAGGAACCUGAGUGUGGAAGGAGAAUCAAACACCCACCCUCAUGAGCUCACCUUCUGGUUGGGGAAACAGGUUACACGCGCAGGCAGGUAUUGCAUGGGUCACUGCACUAUUGUUGGAGCUCAGUACCCAGGAAAAGGUGACAGAAGGUUUCCUGAAGCAGGAAUGACUUGAGCUAGGCUAAGGAAGACCAAGCAUCUCAGACUAGAAGGGACCAUUCUGGUCAGCAGCUCCAGAGGUUUGUGCAUGUUACAGCCUAAGGACCCUUCCUUCACAGACCCUCAUUAAAACAGAUAUGCAGCAGUUACUCUGAUGGGUGCAGGGAGGGAGACAGCCAGCCCAGUCUCCCUUUCUACUGCAGCUCUCCAGGGGCUCUGCAGAACUCCUCAGGCUGUGGUAACCCACAGGAUGUAGCAUGAAAACCACUGAUCCAGACCAUUUUGCAGCUUAUCUGAGAAGGGAAGGGAUUUUUCCAGAGUUAGUCUGUGGUAAAGCUGGAGGUAAAUCAGAGGGCAUUUUUGUUCUGUGCUAUUGUGUUGCUGUGUUCUUGAGACCUACCUCCCAUCCCAGAUAGUAUAUGAAAAAUGGAGCAGGACCCAAAUGAGAGAUAAGAAUUAUGGAAGAGAGAGCAGUCAGUGCAGCCGUCCCUCAGUAUCCGUGGAGAACUGGUUUCACCGAAAUCCAAGGAUGCGCAAGUCCCUUGUGUACAAUGGUGUAUUUGCAUAUAUCCUGCGCAUAUUCGCUCACAUAUUUAAACUGUCUCUAGAUUACUUAUUAUAUGUAAUAUGAUAUAUAUGCUGUGUAAAUUGUUGUUAUAGUGUACUGUGUUGUUUAGGGAAUUAUGACCAAAAAAAAGUCUGUGUGUGAUGA